CUUGCUGAUGCUUUGGACCAACUUCCAUGCUCCCCAGUUCCUCUUGCUGGAGUCGAUAUCCUUUGUCUUGGUUUGGGAAACCCAGCAGUUGAAGCCUCCAGUCUUAAGCAGCUGGCCCUGCUUGACCUCCUAAUUGAGCAGGAACCGCGCCUCAAUAGAGCUGGUGCUCGCCUUUACGAUCCGGUUUUCCGCCGAACUGCUAGGCGCCUAAUAGAAUAUUUAGGAAUGGAGGCAAGCUUACUCAUGGUUUUUUGUUUGUCAAUGGUUUAA